CUUGAAUCAUCUCAUUGAAUAUGUCUACUCCAUACCAAGAGCAGGGCCAGUCAACGGGGUACUACGCUGCGACCCCGACCCCCUCAGCUCCGUCGCCGCACCCGCAGCAGUCGACACCAGAAUUCACCCAACCAGGGCCCAGUUCCUCACAACAAUCACGGCCAAGCGCUGCACAGACUGCCGAGGAGACACGAAAAGACAAAACGCUUGCAGAGUUCUUGCUGAUGCUCGAUGACUACGAACCUCUGAUACCCAACGAGGUCACGGAGUACUACCUCCAGAGAGUAGGCUUUGAGUGCGACGAUGUCCGACUCAAACGGCUGCUCUCUCUCGCCGCCCAGAAGUUCGUGUCCGACAUUGCAGCGGACGCAUACCAGCACGCACGCAUCCGCUCAAAUGCUGCAGGCGGACGGGCACGGGCGAACCAGUCGUCGGGGCCUGCGUCGGCGCGGGACAAGACGAAGACGACGCUGACCAUGGACGACCUCGGGUCGGCCCUCGCGGAGUAUGGCAUAAACUCGCGCAAGCCCGACUUCUACAUGUGAUGAUUAUAUGUCUUAUCUAUGGCGCCCCGCGCGGUAGACUCGCAGUACGCACUUUCCGGACGUUUGUAUUCUUCCCGUACAUACAGGUUGCUCACUUGUACCAUAUCAUCGUAAUGCUAUCGUCCAUCAUGUUCAUAUUUUCGC